AAACUGACGUGUCUCUAAACAUUGUAGCAUUGAAAGUGUAAUUGAUAUUCGCAAAUAUAACAAUAAUAACACUCAAUUGUACAUACAUAUAUACAUAUAUAAAAUAGUUACAUACUUUGAAGUUAAAAUAUUUAAUUUAAUUAAUAAGGAGGCCAAAAUGUCAACUGCGUUCAGAAUUAAUGGCAGAUCCUAUACUGUUAGGUCGUCCAGCCUGCCUGCGGAUAUAACAUUAAACACUUUCAUUCGAGAACAUGCAGGUCUCUCAGGAACUAAGUUUAUGUGCCAAGAGGGUGGUUGUGGUGUAUGCGUUUGCGUCGUAACGGGAAGGCAUCCAGUUACCGGUAAUAUUCAUACAUGGGCAGUCAACUCUUGUUUGACAUUGCUGAAUACUUGUGUUGAUUGGGACAUAACAACCAUAGAAGGUAUUGGCAGCAAGCGUGUCGGUUACCAUCCAAUUCAGAAACGAUUGGCCAAAAUGAAUGGCACCCAAUGUGGUUUUUGUUCACCUGGAUUCGUCAUGAAUAUGUACGGUUUGCUGGAAUCUAAGGCUGGUGAAGUUACAAUGCAAGAAGUGGAAAACUCUUUUGGUGGCAACAUUUGCCGCUGUACAGGUUACCGACCGAUCUUAGAUGCCAUGAAAUCUUUUGCGGUAGAUAGUACUGUUGAAAUUCCCAAGGAAUGUCAAGAUAUUGAGGACCUCAGCAAAAAAAUAUGUCCAAAGGACAACACUUUGUGUAAAUGCUCUUGCACAGACUUUUCAAAGGAAAUGCAUACGACUUAUAACGAUGGUAGCCAAUGGUUCUGGCCCAAGUCAAUAGCUGGCGUGUUUUCCGCCAUCAACCAAUCGAAGGGCUGGAAAUACUUUUUAGUUGCUGGUAAUACUGCUGCUGGUGUUUUUCAUAGCGAUCGGUCUAUUAACACAUAUAUAGAUAUAAAUAUGGUGCCAGAACUGAAGCAGUACUCUAUAACCUCUAAAGCUUUAACAUUAGGUGGCAAUUUAAGUUUAACGGAUACGAUGGAAAUAUUUAAAGAGGCCGCUAAAAGUAAGGGAUUCGAAUAUUGUCAACAACUUUGGAACCACUUUGAUUUGAUUGCAAAUGUACCUGUCCGUAAUAUGGGCACUUUGGCAGGUAACUUAAUCAUGAAAUAUUAUCGCAAAGAUUUUCCUUCCGACAUAUAUAUUCUACUGGAAGCAUUAAAUGCUCUAAUAGUGCUCCAAGAAAGUGAAGCGGAAGAAAAAAAUAUAACAAUCGACCAAUUUUUGAAAUCUGAUAUGAGAGGCAAAAUCAUUAAGGCAUUCGUUCUUCCUCCUUAUUUACGCGAACAUUAUUAUUUCGAUUCGUACAAGAUCAUGAUUAGAGCACAAAACGCACACGCCUAUAUUAACGCUGCAUUUCUGAUAAAUAUUCAGAGGCCAAGCUUAACGGUACAAUCAGCUCGCAUUUGUUUUGGAGGAAUAAGUCCUGAUUUUAGUCAUGCAUCUGAAAUAGAGAAAUAUGUACAAGGGAAGCGACUCUAUGAUCCUGAAGUAAUGGCAAACAUAUUUUCAAAAGUUAGCAGUCAUUUUAAUGCUGACUCAGUAUUGCCUGAUGCUUGUCCAGAGUAUAGGCUGAAAUUAGCCUGUGGAUUGAUAUAUAAAACUAUUUUAAAGCAUGCUCCCGAAAGUGUAAUACCUAAAAAACUAAAAAGCGGUGCAUUUAUUCUCAAACGUCCAUUGUCCUCCGGUAAACAAAUAUACGAAAAUGUGAGAGAAAAUAUGCCAGUUCACCAACCCAUUGAAAAAUAUGAAGGUUUAAUGCAAACUGCGGGAGAAGCAUCUUAUGCAAAUGAUGUUCCCGUACAAGCGAACCAACUCUGGGCUGCUUUUGUUACUGCUAAGAAAGUUGGGGCUACUGUUAUAAAUAUUGACACUUCUGAAGCAUUUCAAAUACCUGGUGUUGUGGCGUUUUUAACCUCUAAAGAUAUUCCUGGGAAAAAUACAUCUAGCGGAAAUGAGCCCAUGUUCUUCACAGAAAAUGAAGAAUUGUUUGCCACCGGCGCAGUUAAAUAUUAUAAUCAGCCGAUUGGCGUUUUAGUAGCUGAGUCAAAUAAAAUUGCCAACGAGGCAGCUGAGCUGGUGAAACUUACAUAUGCUGGGAAAGCAGAAAUGGUGUUUCCCACCCUUCAUGACGUUCUCAACAGUGCUUGUUCAGACAGAAUCCGUCAUACUGUUAAAUCACUAAUAGAAAAGCUAAAAGUUGAAGAAAAAUUUGAUACUCAUGGCUCAGGAACCUUAGAUUUGGGCUUACAGUAUCAUUAUUUUAUGGAACCACAUACGACCGUAGUAAUACCUUUCGAGGGGGGAUUGGAAGUGUAUGCUGCUACUCAAUGGAUGGACCUUCUACAAGGAGCUCUAACAGACAUGCUUGAUAUGCAAAAUAACGAAAUUCAAAUUAAAGUCCGCCGUUUAGGUGGCGGAUAUGGUGGCAAAGCUACCAGAAGUAUGCCAGCUGCUUGUGCAGCUGCUCUGGCGGCUUUAAAGCUUAACUGCCCAGUACGCUUUGUUCAAUCCAUAGAAUCCAUGAUGAAUGUUUUAGGAAAGCGAUGGGCUCUCCAUUCAGAUUACGAAUUUUUCGUAAAAGAAACAGGAAAAAUUGUUGCUCUACGUAAUAAGUUUUAUGAAGAUGCAGGUUGCCUUCCUAAUGAAUCACCAAUGGGCCAUACGGUUUUGCUAAGUAAAAAUUGUUAUGAAUUCAGUGACAAUUAUAAGUUGGAUGGUUACAUGAUUAUAACAGAUUCACCUAGCAAUACUCCUUGUCGUGCUCCAGGUUCUGUUGAAGGAAUUGCAAUGAUUGAGAAUAUUCUUGAACACAUUUCUUUCGAAACUGGAUUAGAUCCGAUGGAUGUACGCAAAGCCAAUUUAAUUCCUGGACAUAAAAUGGAAUACCUUUUAAAUCACUUUCUUAGUACAUCUGAUUAUACAAUGCGAAAGGGAGCAGUGAAAACUUUCAAUGAACAUAAUCGCUGGCGAAAGAAGGGUCUUGGAGUUGCAAUAAUGGAAUAUCCCAUUGGGUACUUUGGACAAUUUCCGGCUACUUUAGCAAUUUAUCACGGUGACGGCACCGUAAUUAUUUCGCACGGUGGUAUCGAAAUGGGUCAAGGAAUGAAUACAAAGAUUUCUCAAAUAGCGUCUCUUGAAUUAGGCAUACCAUUAAAUAUGAUUCGGUUUGAGGGAAGUAACACCGUUAAUGGCGCUAAUAGUAUGGUUACGGGAGGAUCAAUCGGCAGCGAAACCCUUUGCUAUGCAGUGCGAAAAUGUUGCAAUACAAUUAACCAACGUAUUAAACCUGUACGAGAAUCACUUAAAAAUCCUACCUGGUUGGAACUAAUACAAGCAUCUUACAGUCAGCAUAUUAGUUUAAUUGCAUCUGAAGAUUGUAAACCUAGCGAUAUGGAUCCAUAUACUGUAUGUGCUCUGGGACUUGUUGAAGUAGAAGUCGACAUACUGACCGGUAAUUAUCAGCUACCUCGUGUCGAUAUCUUAGAAGAUGCUGGGGAGAGUCUCAAUCCAAAUGUGGAUAUUGGACAAAUUGAAGGAGCAUUCAUGAUGGGCCUUGGCUAUUGGACUUCAGAAGAAAUAAUUGUUGACAGAUAUACGGGAGAGCUUAAGACGAACCGUACAUGGAACUACAAACCACCUGGUGCAAAAGACAUUCCCAUAGAUUUCCGCAUAGAAUUGUUCCCAGGCACUCCAAAUACUGCUGGGUUUAUGAGAUCUAAAGCAACCGGUGAACCAGCCAUAUGUUUAAGUGUAGCUAUAGGCUUUGCUUUACAAGAGGCAUUACAGUCUUCUCGCUCGCAAGCAGGCUUACCUAAAAAGUGGAUUCCAUUGAAAGCACCGAUGACACCGGAACGAGUGUUGCUUGAGUCAGGCACCGACUACAGCAAUCUACACCUUUAUUGAAAUGCACAAUACUUACGCACACACGUACAUAAUUAUGUACGAGAUUUAAGAGAAACUAUUUCUGAUCUUGAUAUAUAUGUAAACUAGAUAAUUUAUAAGAAGCUCUUCUGCUUUUACCUUUUAUUGAGAAUAUAAUAAUCGUCGACAGCUUUUUGAAUCAACUAAA